AUGGCUGAACGUAAGAUCUUGACGGAUAUUUCGCAUCCGUUUGUUGUCAAGCUUCACUACGCUUUCCAGAGUGAAUCAAAGCUGUACCUCGUGAUGGAUUACCUUAGCGGCGGGUCGCUGGCUACACAUCUGCGUCGCCGUCGUAAAUUUCCAGAGGAGUGGGCUCGAUUCUACGCCGCCGAAGUUGGCGUCUCUGGCCUGAAGGGUGCGACAACAUUUUGCGGCACAGCUGCAUAUAUUGCACCUGAGUUACUGAAAGGCAGGACUUAUGGCAAGGCUGCUGACUGGUGGUCGUUCGGCAUUCUGCUGUACGAAAUGAUAGGAGGAAAGCCACCUUACUACCACCGCAACCGUGACAUUAUGUUUCAAACUAUUUUGAAGCAGGACUGGGUUACUUUCUCGCCCAGCUUUUCGGACGCUGCAAUUUCGCUCAUCAAUGGACUGUUAACGCGCGAUCCGAUGAUGCGUCUUGGUAGUGGCCCGCGCGGUGCCGACGAAGUGUUGACGCACCCGUUCUUUGAUGUCAUUGACUGGCCGGAGCUGCUGGAGCGCAAAAUGCAACCGCCGUUUAACCCGGGUGUUGGCAAGAUGGAUACACAUUAUGCACCUCGCAACAUGAACGAUAUUACUGCGCGCGAUCGCGCACCAAGUGUGAUGAUGGGAAAGACCGACCGUCCGAAUGACUUCGAUGGGUUUAGCUUCGUUGGGCGGCCUUCAUCUCUAUCGAAUGUUUGA